AUGUAAGACUCAGUUUAAUCGAUGUAAGUCAAGCACUUCGGGUUAACAAAUGCUUUAAUAAUAAUAGUAGGUGGUUUAAUUACAUUGGGUAUAACAUAUUAAAAUAGAUUAUAUGCUCUGUUUUUAGCUUGUUUACCUAUUUUAUUCCUAUAUAUGCUGAUUGAAUACUACUUAGUUUGGAAAAAAAAAUGGGAGUUCACUAGAAAAUUUAAAUGCUUUAAUUUUUUGCUUUUACUUAUAACGCUUCCUAUUUUCUUAGCAAUGUAUUAUAUUUUUUAUUAUGAAUCCACCUCAUAUCAGUUUUAGAAAGUAGAGAACUGCUAGGUAGUUGGAAAAAUAUCUUCUAACUUAGAGUCAAAUGAAAAUUAUUCUAUUUUAUAUGUAGACUUUGAAUAUCAAGGAUAAAAGUUAUUAGGAUAUGCUUGCUCAUCUAAUUAAAACUAAGGAAAAAUUUACGAAAAGAUAAGGCCUGGGAUAUUUUAUAACCAAGGUGAUGCAAUACCAUGCAAUAAAAAAAAGAAUUAGACAGAGUAUGUUUAUAGCUUUUUAGGUCAAGACGUUUAAAGUUAAGUUAGUAUUCCAACUUAAUAAACCUAACUUUAGAAAGUGUACUCCCGAAUCUAUAAAAAUGGAGAUUGCUCGAUCCCUUUUUCAUUUAGUUCUGUCAAAUUACCUAGUUGGUAUUGUCUAGAAAAAAAUUUUGAUUUGGAAAAAUAUAUGGAACCAUAGAGUUGCUAUAUGAAUUUAUAUAAAGAAGAAAACACGGCUUUAAAGAGUGGAAUAAACAGAGAAAUUUUGCGUUCUUCAAGCAAUUUUCCAGCUAUAACUUUCUCAAAUCCAAAUUACUAUCCUUAAAAUGAUUUAGCUUUGCUAAUUAUGUUUGUAUACUACCCAUUUUUAAUUUCGCUAAACUUAAUAUUUAGUCCUCUAGCUAAAUAUGCUAUCCAUAUAAAAGAAUAAGCAUCUUUUAACAAACAAGUUCUCUCAAGCGAAAAUUUCACACUUAAAAGCAUAAGCAGUUAAUGA